GCAAAGUCGUGCAUUUGUCAUAUGUGUGGUGCCCACCUGAACAGACUCCACUCUUGCCUCUACUGUGUCUUCUUUGGCUGUUUUACAAAGAAACAUAUUCACGAGCACGCAAAGACAAAGCGACACAAUUUAGCCAUAGACCUUUUGUAUGGGGGUAUAUACUGCUUUAUGUGUCAAGAUUACAUAUACGACAAAGACAUGGAACAAAUUGCCAAAGAAGAACAACGAAAAGCUUGGAAAUUACAAGCCUUCACCCCAACAGUGGUUUCUCACUACCAGUGUACAAUGACAGGCAUUGGAGAGAAGUAUUCAACAUGGGAGCCAACCAAACGAGAGUUAGAAUUGCUACGACACAACCCCAAGCGGAGAAAAAUAACCACAAACUGCACCAUAGGUCUACGAGGGCUAAUCAAUCUUGGGAACACAUGUUUUAUGAACUGUAUUGUCCAGGCACUUACCCACACUCCACUGCUGCGAGAUUUCUUCCUCUCCGACAGGCACAAAUGUGAAAUGCAAAGCCCCAGCUCAUGUCUGGUCUGUGAAAUGUCUACGCUUUUUCAGGAGUUUUACUCUGGGCACCGAUCUCCUCACAUUCCAUAUAGGUUAUUGCACCUGGUAUGGACGCAUGCACGGCAUUUAGCAGGGUACGAGCAACAAGAUGCACACGAGUUCCUCAUUGCUGCAUUAGAUGUGCUACACAGACACUGCAAAGGUGAUGAUAAUGGGAAGAAGGCCAACAACCCCAACCACUGUAACUGCAUCAUAGACCAAAUCUUCACAGGCGGACUGCAGUCUGAUGUUACCUGUCAAGUCUGCCAUGGCGUUUCCACAACGAUAGACCCAUUUUGGGACAUCAGUUUGGAUUUGCCAGGCUCCUCCACCCCGUUCUGGCCUCUGAGUCCGGGGAGUGAUGGCAGUGUCGUAAAUGGGGAAAGCCAUGUAUCAGGCACCACCACUCUCACAGACUGCUUGCGAAGGUUUACAAGGCCAGAACAUCUAGGAAGCAGUGCCAAAAUCAAAUGUAGUGGUUGCCAUAGCUACCAGGAAUCUACCAAACAACUCACUAUGAAGAAAUUACCCAUUGUGGCCUGUUUUCAUCUCAAACGGUUUGAACACUCAGCCAAACUGAGGCGAAAGAUCACUACGUAUGUCUCAUUUCCACUGGAGCUGGACAUGACACCAUUCAUGGCUUCCAGUAAAGAGAGCAGAAUGAACGGGCAAUACCAGCAGCCGACGGAUAGUCUAAACAAUGAUAAUAAGUAUUCCUUGUUUGCAGUAGUUAAUCACCAGGGAACCUUGGAGAGCGGGCACUAUACCAGCUUCAUCCGGCAACACAAGGACCAGUGGUUCAAGUGUGAUGAUGCCAUUAUCACCAAGGCUAGCAUUAAGGAUGUACUAGACAGUGAAGGAUAUUUGCUGUUCUAUCACAAACAGUUCCUGGAGUAUGAAUAGCCUUAUCCAGCAGCUUGGCAGAUAUCAACAAGGAAGAAAAUAAGCAAGCCUUCUGAAUCGACACACAAACCUACCUGAAAUAAAAAGACCCAUUAAAAAACAACUAGCACUGAGCUGUAACAGGACCUACUUGACACUGGCUCCAAGCCUGGCAGAGGGAGAAAUGAACAAUGUCCAACGUGUACGCGGUCCCGCAAGGACAGAAAGGGGGAAAAAGGAGGCUGCAGUCAGUCACUUAUCAGAGGAAAUAUAAAAUGAAAGGAAUGCUCUGGGUGGGGGAAAUGGGAGCAGAGGAGUCCGGGCACUGGUACAUCUCCUAUGUUCCUCCAAAACGUGUGUGGGAAGGCAAGGGGGUGUACUCUCAUCUCCAUAAAGCAUCUUCUCCAUUGGUGCUUCAGCUCCAACGACCAAUCAUAUAACAGUUAAAAUUAAAAAAAAAAAAAAAAAAAAAAAAACAAGCCCAUUUUUUUAUGCAUAUGGAUCUGAAA